GAAGAGAAAUCUUCUAUGCAAUUUAACAAUUGAAAAGAACACGAAUUUCUGUUCAGAACCAGUGUUUUUUAGGAAAUGUGCAAGUUUCUUCCAUUCCCUGAAAAUCCCCCAAAGGGGAAAGAAAUUACAUGUAUCACUGGAGCAUACCCCAGGCAUUUACAGUGCACUCAAUUGGUGAGACGCCACACAAUCUCAGUAUUUGUUGGUGAUGAGAGUGGUAUAAUAAACCGGAUUGCUGGGGUUUUUGCCCGGAGGGGGUAUAACAUUGAGUCUCUUGCUGUUGGUUUGAACAAGGACAAGGCUCUCUUUACCAUAGUUGUCUCAGGGACUGAAAGGGUUUUGCAACAAGUAGUAGAACAACUUAACAAGCUUGUGAAUGUCAUAAAGGUGGAUGAUAUUUCAAGAGAACCGCAAGUAGAACGUGAACUGAUGCUUAUAAAACUUAACGCUGAUCCUAGCACUCGUGCUGAGAUAAUGUGGCUGGUGGACAUCUUUAGAGCUAAAAUUGUCGAUGCCUCCGAACACUUUCUGACUAUUGAGGUCACUGGGGAUCCUGGUAAGAUGGUUGCUGUUCAGAGAAACUUGAGCAAGUUUGGAAUAAAAGAACUUGCAAGAACUGGAAAGAUUGCUUUGAGGCGGGAAAAGAUGGGCGAGACAGCUCCCUUUUGGAGAUUUUCUGCAUUGUCCUAUCCAGAUCUUGAAGAGACAUCUAAUGGUGUUGUUCUACAGAAUCAGAAUCAAUCACUUGAUAGCAAUAGUAGCACUACUGUGGGGGGUGAUGUAUAUCCCGUGGAACCUUACAAUGACCUCUCAAUGAAUCAAGUUCUUGAUGCUCACUGGGGUGCACUUUAUGAUGAAGAUUCAACUGGGCUUCGGUCACAUACGUUAUUAAUGCUUGUGAAUGAUACUCCUGGUGUUCUAAACAUAAUAACUGGGGUUAUAUCUCGAAGAGGUUAUAAUAUUCAGAGUCUAGCAGUGGGGCCUGCUGAAAAGGAUGGCUUUUCACGCAUUACAACUGUUGUUCCUGGAACUGAUGAAUCAAUUGGAAAGUUGGUUCAGCAACUUCACAAGUUGAUAGAUCUUCAUGAGGUGAGGGAUAUAACCCACUUACCGUUUGCUGAGCGAGAGCUGAUGCUGAUAAAAAUUGCUGCGAACGCUGCUGCUCGGAGGGAUGUCCUUGAUAUUGCUAACAUAUUCCGAGCAAAAGCUGUUGAUGUGUCUGAUCACACAAUUACUCUUCAGUUGACUGGUGACUACAACAAAAUGGUUGCCCUGCAGAGAUUAUUAGAACCCUUUGGGAUAUGUGAGGUGGCACGGACUGGAAGAGUAGCACUGGUGCGGGAGUCUGGUGUUGAUUCAACAUAUCUCCGAGGAUAUUCUCUUCCACUAUAACAUUCUGUUUUAUCCCUAAUAGCAUCUUGCAUGAGCAAACUUCCUAGGUGAGCAUGAUGGAGAUAGAGAACAUGAGAAGAGUAGAAUCUUGUCUUUCCUGUAUCAGGUGUCUUGAUCAAGGAGCUAAUCAAUGUACAAUGAGAACAUGUAAGAGAUCAUGCUUCUUCCCCUAAAAUGCGUUUCCCACUUCCCAAUUUCUCCUUGGCAUGAUACGUACCAUAUUGUAUCUUAAUAUCAACUUGUCAGCAACCUGGGUAGUAGUAGGAACUCUGGAAUGGAUGUUCCAGAUAACUCAUUCCUCUACAACAGGUUUGUUGAAAAUAUUGGGAGAAUGGAGGGUUUCAAAUCAGUUUUCCAUUCAACCAAUUACAUUAAUUUUUUUGAUAUUUUUUGUUGUAAAAAGUAAGACGUCAACAUAAAAUUGGGAAUGCCUAAUCCUAGACUUUAAUAAAACAAAGGAUGCUCA